GCUUCAGCUAAGCUAACACUGGCAGGCAGAGAUGGACGACGGUGACGAGCCGGGUUUGGUCCUGUCGCACAACACGUCUUCAAGCUUAAAGUCGAGUGGGGACAAGAUGUUUUCCCUAAAGAAGUGGAACGCGGUGGCCAUGUGGAGCUGGGACGUUGAGUGCGACACUUGUGCCAUUUGUCGGGUGCAGGUGAUGGACGCGUGUCUCCGAUGUCAGGCGGAAAAUAAACAAGAGGACUGUGUUGUCGUCUGGGGAGAGUGCAACCACUCCUUCCACAACUGCUGCAUGUCGCUGUGGGUGAAGCAGAACAACCGCUGUCCGCUCUGCCAACAAGACUGGGUGGUUCAGAGGAUCGGCAAAUAAUCAGCACAUCCAGGUGGACUGUGCAUGUUAUGCACCUGAGAGCGGUGAGGAGCAGCGGUGGGUGGUCUCAGCUAAUGUCACGCUGUCCUCUUCCUCACGAUUGCAUGUUUCCUGGUAUCAUGGGAGAGCGACAGGCAAAAGAUGCGCAGAUCGAUCAAGAGUCUAGGACAGACUAAUGAAAUGUGUUGCAAAGUGUGGGUCUGCGGCUUUCUUUUAAAAACAAUAAAAAGUUGUGAAUUGAUGUAUUUCAUAUGUGCUCGGUGUACAAUUCUUAAAGUGUCAGUGUGGAAUAUGGGACUAUACUGUAUGUAUGUGUACAAUAAACUUUAUAGUUUUGUUUAAGGCAAGUUUCAAAACACACCUUCAAAAAUAAACACCUGUGAGUACUAAAA